CGAGAGCCGCAGGGCAGGGAGUCGGAAGUUUGACCCACGUUGAGGAUGUUUGAAUUAUUUUGGUGUUGUGCUCAUAGGAAAGAGCCAGACCUUUUUAUGUCACCAUAUCUAUAAAUGAUUACAUGUUAUUUUGUUUGGUGAUAUGGUCCACAGAAGAAAAAGAGGAAGAAGCAGUCUGGUGAUGCGGAAGGCUUGAUGACGUCAUGUCAACGACAGAAAGAAAAAAGCAGAGAAAGGGCAGCGACACCGUGGUGCAGGGAACCAACGACAGCAGCGUGGUGAGCAAGGCCUCGGCUGCAGCUCAGGGCUACUUCAGGGACCCGUUCAUCCAGCACUUUGUGUGUAAAGCAGGCAGAAGAGCCCCGCUCAUCAACAGGGGCUACUUUGUGCGCUGGCGAGCUGUGGACCACUGCGUGAGGCAGUUCCUUCACGCCACUGCGAAAUGUCCCAAAAGACAGAUCCUGUCGCUGGGCGCCGGAUUCGACUCCCUGUACUUCCGCCUGCGUGCAGACGGCGUUCUGGAGGGAGCCGCCGUGUUCGAGGUGGACUUUCCUGAUGUCGCGCGGCGCAAGGCUGCUCUGGUCGCUGCUGAUGUAACACUGAGCGGGAUGUUAGACUCCUGCCUGGCUCCUCACACAGGGCCCGUUUACUUGUCCAGCAGCCAGUACCGCCUGUUGGGGGUGGACGUCAGGGAGGAGCCCCGGGUGGAGGAGGCUCUGAGUGCCGCUGGUCUGGACUGGGCGGCUCCCACCCUCAUCCUCUCUGAAGUGGUGCUCACCUACAUGGAAACGCAAUGGUCGGACGCCGUGAUCCGCUGGGCGGCGAAGCUCCUGCCCGCCUCCGUCUUUGUGAUGUACGAGCAGAUCCACCCGGACGAUCCUUUCGGCCGCGUCAUGCAGGACCAUUUCCUGAAGCUCAACUCAGGCCUGCGUGCGCUGCGGCAGUACCCAGACCUGUCGGCGCAGAGGCGCAGGUUCCUGGACAAGGGCUGGGAGCGCUGCGUGUGUCUGGAUAUGAACGAUUUCUACCUGGGGCUGCUCCCCCAGGAGGAGCGGGACAGAGUGGAGAGCCUGGAACCAUUUGAUGAGCAUGAGGAAUGGCACGAGAAGUGCUCCCACUACUUCAUCCUGACUGCGUCUCGGGGCCCUUCCAUGGAAGCGGCUCUGCUUGUCCAGGCCUCAGCGCCGCCCGUCGGCCCGAGCUGGAGCCCCUCAAGCCUGAGCGUUCACACAGUCCCAGUGCGUUUGGAGGGCCUAGGGUUGGCCUCUGCCUGGAUGAGGCCAGACGCUGUUCUGCUCACUGGUGGAUCUAGCAGAGGAGGCAGGGUGACGGAGCCCAGGUCCCUCCUCAGAGGCCAGGAGGGCUGGAGGUCCAUCGGGGUGGAGGCGUCGGCAGAUCUGGGCGUGCGACUCUAUCACACCGUCUCCCCCCUGCCUGGAGGAGGAGGGGCCGUGGUGUACGGCGGCCGCUCCUCCCCGCUCAGACCCGCCUGCGACCUGCUUAAAGUCACGUUCGGGCCGCCGCGUCCAGACGCAGAGAAGGUCUGUGUGGAGCCGGUGAAGUGUGCGGGAAAUCCUCCUCCACCCAGAUGGAGACACGCCGCCGCAGUGGUCAGUCACAGAGGCAGAGACUUCCUGUUUGUGUUUGGUGGGAAGAACCAAUCAGAAUCUGUUCUGGGCGACAGCAGCUUCCUGAAUCUGGACCAGCAGAACUGGACUGAGAUUCCAGUGGAGGGCACAGCACCGGCGGCUCGUCAUUCUCACUCGGCGUGUUCGUACCGAGGAGGCGUUGUUGUGUUUGGAGGCCUGAGCAGACAGGGGGUGCCUCUGGGCGACACGAGCCUGCUGGUGCCGACAGAUCGAGGCUUCUGCUGGGAGAGGAUCGCUGUGCAGCCGCCUCCUGUUCCCAGGUAUUCUCACCGUGCCCAUGUGCUUGGUGACAGGCUGGUUGUGGUGGGCGGAGUCUGGUUGCAUUCAGAGGGAGUUCCCGGCGUCGUGGUCAUCAGCCUGACCACGGGCAGCAGCAUGGAGUUCAGACUGGACACGAGCUCAGUGCCCUGGCCUCUGAUGCUCCACUCGUUCUGCUCCCAGCUGAUGGACACGGAAGAGCCGGAGCUGCUCCUGAUUGGAGGGGGCGGCAACUGUUUCUCCUUCGGGACUCAUUUGAACCCUCAGCCCGUCUCUGUGGACCUCAGGCCUGCGCUGGCCUGAGCAGCAUAUCGAACUGGAGCAAAAGCUUAAUGAUCUUCACACCUCCUAUUAUGCAUUUUGAGAAGUUGAAACCAAUGUGUUAAAUCCUGAUAAGUUUACAAUUUUCACUGUUUCCUGCCCUGGUUUGGGGCACAGUUAAAAGAUAUUCUAUGUAUAUUUGCAUAUGUAAUUUGGUAUUUCUAAUAAAAGUUCAGAUUCAAAUCCAC